AUGAAGGUCCUCACCAUCGUCUCGGCGUUCGUGUCGCUCGCCGCCGCCGCCGCGCCCAGCAAUGGCAACGGCAACGGCAACGGCAACGACAACACUCCCUGCAAGCCGGUAUCGACGCGGCCCACCGUCGUGGCGCAUCCCAAGCAGCCGCGUCUGCCGAUCCCCAUCCCGCCGCCGCGCAACAAAGUGUGCUGUGUCAAGACGCACGGCGACGGCGUGACGGACGACUCCACGUACAUCAUGUCGGCCUUCCACGCGUGCAACCACGGGGGCCAUGUCGUCUUCCGCGCGGACACGACGUACCUGGUCGGCACGGCCAUGGACUGGACCUUUCUCAAGGACAUUGACAUCGACAUCCAAGGAACGAUCCAGUUCACAAACGACACCGACUACUGGCAGGCCAACUCGUUCCGCUUCGGCUUCCAGAACGUCACCAGCUUCUUCAAGCUCGGCGGCGAGAACGUCUUCGUCUACGGCGGCGGCACGCUCCACGGCAACGGCCAGGUCUGGUACGACCUGCACGCCCAGGACACGGACACCCUGCGGCCCGUGCUCGUGGGCAUCGACGGGCUCCGGAACAGCGUCGUGGCCGACCUCCACCUGCGCCUCAGCCCCAUGUACUACCACUUUGUCGCCAACGCGAGCAACGUCGUCUUCAGCGACAUUGACAUUUCCAUGUCCAAUUCCAAUGGGGGCGCCGCGUCGAGCGCCCACGCCGCCAAGAACACCGACGGCUGGGACACGUACCGCAGCAGCGACAUUGCCAUCCUCAACUCGGUCGUCGUCAACGGCGACGACUGCGUGUCCCUGAAGCCCAACAGCACCCACGUCCUCGUCGCGUCGCUGUCCUGCACCGGCAGCCACGGCAUCAGCGUCGGCAGCCUCGGCCAGUACGCCGGCGCCUACGACAUUGUCGAGCACGUCUGGGUCGGCAACGUCAGCCUGCACGCCGCCACCGACGGCGCCCGCAUCAAGGUCUGGCCCAACACGCCCUCGGCCCUGUCGGGCGACCUGCAGGGCGGCGGCGGCGGCGGCCGCGUCCGCAACAUCACCUACGACGGCAUGCACAUCGACGGCGUCGACUACGCCAUCGAAAUCACCCAGUGCUAUGGCCAGAAGAACGUGACGCUCUGCCAGCAGCACCCGAGCCCGCUGACCCUCUCCGACAUUGCCUUCCGCAACUUCCGCGGCGUCACCUCCGCCAAGUACGCGCCCCAGAUCGCCGCCCUGGCCUGCUCGUCCGCCGCCGCCUGCCGCGCCAUCUCCGCCACGAACAUCGACGUCGUCAGCCCCCGCGGCGGCAACCAGGCCUACUGCCUCAACCAGAACGCGACCGCCCUCGACGUGACCUGCACCGACGUCUGGAAGGGGUUCAACUGA